AUGAUCUCAUUGCCAAUUUUAUUAUCUUUUGCUGCUGUUGCAUUUGCUGGAGAUACCCCAAUUCAAUCCGACUCUGCUAAUCAACCCUCUUUGCUAGCAAAAUUUCAAAAAGCAUCAAAAUCUGACGUCACAGGAACAAUCACCUUUGAACCAGCAACUAAUGGUUCCGUUUUAGUGAAGGUUGACGUAGAAGGAUUGCCUUCUUCAGGUGGUCCAUUUCCUUACCACAUCCACCAACUCCCCGUCCCUGCUGAUGGAAACUGUACUGGAACCAAGUUGCAUUUGAAUCCAUAUGGUGGAAAUGAAAAUGCCACUACCCCACAGGGUAAAGAAGCUGGUGACUUAUCUGGCAGACACGGUAAGAUUCAAGGUCAGCUGUUGUCAACUGAAUAUGUUGACAACUACAUUUCCUUGAAUCCAAACUCCAAGACCUACUUUGGCAACUUGUCAGUCGUUAUCCAUUACGCUAACACCAGCAGAAUCACCUGCUCCAACUUGACCAAGUUGGAAACUAGUGGCAGUAGUGGCUCAAACGGAACAAACUCUACCAGUUCUAGUGUUGAGACUGCCAAUGCCGCUGGAAAUAUGCAAGCCGGUGGAAUUCUCGCCGGAGCUCUUGCUGGUGCAGCUGCUUUGUUGAUUUGA